AUGGGCUGCUUUAACACUCAUGCGUCGGGUACUUUGGACCCUCCAGAGGUCCGCAACUGGAGGAUCCACACCAUUGCUUUGAUCGCGUCCAUGUCUGCGCUCGCCAUGGGCUAUGAUACCGCCGUCAUCGGUGGUACCAUGGCACUCAAUUCGUUCAUCCGUGAUUUCGGUAUGAACGACAUUGCAAAGUCCAAUCGCGACACUAUUCAAGGCAAUAUCGUCUCCACUUUUCAGGCCGGUUGCUUCUUCGGUGCCCUCAUUGCUUUUCCCUUCGCCGAGAGAAUCGGCCGGAAAAGGACCAUGAUAAUUGCGUCCUCCAUCUUCCUCCUCGGCGGUACACUCAUGACUGCAUCUCGAGGUAGCCUCAACAUGAUCUACGGUGGUAGAGCCGUAGCCGGUCUUGGUAUUGGCGCAUCCUCCAUGGUGGUUCCAGUGUACAUCUCCGAGACCGCACCGCCCUCCAUUCGUGGUCGACUUGUGGGUAUCUUUGAAAUUGCCUCCCAGGGCGGUGGUAUGCUCGGCUUUUGGAUUAACUACGCUACCGAUCGGACCAUCAAUGUCGAGAGACAAGCGCAAUGGAUCGUUCCACUUGCUAUCCAGUUGAUUCCAGGAGUACUGCUCCUCCUUGGUGUUGCAUGGUGCCCAGAGUCACCACGUUUCUUGGCCAAGAAUGACAACUUUGAAAAAGCAGAACAGAUCUUGACCAAGAUCCGUGGCCUCGAUGCCUCACACGCGUACAUUCAACAUGAGAUGAGCGAGAUCAGGGCACAGGUCGAGGAGCGUAGUGCAAAUCGCCAGGGCAAGAAAGCACAGUUCAUGAAGUUGUUCCAAAAGGGUGUGCGAAACCGCAUGGCUAUCGGACUUGCACUCAUGUUCUUGCAGUCCUUCACUGGUGUCAACAUCAUCACAUAUUAUGCGCCCCGUAUCUUUGAAACUCUAGGUAUCUCCGGUACGUCACUCAGGCUCUUCUCCACCGGCUUUUACGGCAUUGCAAAGACGCUGGGCAUGAUCACCUUUACCUUUGUCGUUGUCGAAAAGGUCGGUCGCCGCAAAGGUCUGAUCUGGGGCGCAGCUCUUGGCUGCAUUCCCAUGUGGUACAUUGGUGGAUACGUCAUGCGAGCUGACCCAGCUGCCGCCGCACUUCGCGGUGAUGUUUCUCGCAACGGCUGGGGCUACCUCGCUAUGGUUUGUGUAUACGUCAACGCCUUCAUCAUCUGCGCAACAUGGCAAGGUAUCACCUGGACCUAUGCCAGUGAGAUCUUUCCCCUCGAUAUCCGAAUGCUUUGUGUCUCGCUCACCACGGCGGACACCUGGCUUGGGUCCUUUAUCAUUGCCCGAAGCACGCCAUACAUGAUUUCCGAUCUGGGCUACGGAGCCUACUUCUUCUUCGGCGCCAUUCUCGUCGCCAUGGGCAUCUGGAGUUUCUUCUUUGUUCCCGAAACCAAGGGUAUAAGUCUCGAGGAGAUGGACGCCCUGUUCGCACAACCAGUUCACCAGGCUGUGUGGGCCCAGUUGCGCGGUAAACCCAUUGUGGUACACGAAGACGUAAUAGCAAGAAGUAAAGGGUUGGAGAAGAACGUGGGCAUAGAAACCAUUGAGAAGAUGUAG